AUGCUCAUCCAGACCUCGAGCCGCAGCACGGUCAUGAACUUGAACAGCGACGUCUCGCGGACCGGCUUGCGCAUCACGAUCAGUAUGCCGGUCUGUUCGAAGUACGGUGCCACGAAGUCGAUCACCUCCUCGCGCUCGGCCGUCAUCUUGAGCGCGGUGAUGGCAAAGUCUAUAUCGCCGCUCACCAAGUCUCCGACCAGUCCGUCCCACCGCCCGUCGGUAGCGUUACGCGCCCCGAACGUGCCAUCGCGCGGUGACACGAGAUCGUAG